CCUCCCCCCCCCACCAAAAAAAAAAAAAAAAAAAAAAGAAAAAACAAGAAAAGAUCUGAUCAAAGUCGUGGGAGUCGAGUAGCGGCCGCGGAGAGUGGAAGGACUCCUCCCGAUCCGGGUCGGCGCUCGUCCUCUCGCCUCGUCCUCGCCCCUCGGCACCAUGGAUAAGACCGAGCUGAUCCAGAAGGCCAAGCUGGCCGAGCAAGCCGAGCGUUACGACGACAUGGCCACCUGCAUGAAGGCCGUGACGGAGCAGGGCGCCGAGCUGACCAACGAGGAGCGCAAUCUGCUCUCGGUGGCCUACAAGAACGUGGUCGGGGGUCGCAGGUCCGCCUGGAGGGUCAUCUCCAGCAUUGAGCAGAAAACCGACACCUCCGACAAGAAGUUGCAGCUGAUUAAGGACUAUCGGGAGAAAGUGGAGUCGGAGCUGAGGUCGAUUUGCACCACGGUCCUGGAAUUGUUGGAUAAGUAUUUGAUAGCCAAUGCAACUAAUCCAGAGAGUAAGGUCUUCUAUCUGAAAAUGAAGGGAGAUUAUUUCCGAUACCUUGCUGAAGUUGCAUGUGGUGAUGAUCGCAAACAAACGAUAGAUAAUUCUCAAGGAGCUUACCAAGAGGCAUUUGAUAUAAGCAAGAAAGAGAUGCAGCCCACACAUCCAAUUCGCCUGGGCCUGGCUCUUAACUUUUCUGUAUUUUACUAUGAGAUCCUUAAUAACCCCGAGCUUGCCUGUACACUGGCUAAGACGGCUUUUGAUGAGGCCAUCGCUGAACUUGACACGCUGAAUGAAGACUCCUACAAGGACAGCACCCUCAUCAUGCAGUUGCUUAGAGACAACCUAACAUUAUGGACAUCAGACAGUGCAGGAGAAGAAUGUGACGCAGCAGAGGGUGCCGAAAACUGAAGGCAUACAGGGUGUCCUCCUCCUUCCCGUCAAGAAAACCUUUUUACAUCUUCAUUCCUUACUCCACUCAGAUUUCCUAUAGCAGAGAAACCCAUUCAUGUGUAUGGAACCAACUGUUUAUAGUCUUUUCACACUGCAGCUUUGGGAAAACUCCAUUCCUUGACUUGUGUUUGUCUUGGCCUUCCUGAUGUGCAGUUACUGCUGUAGAAAAGUAUUAAUAGCUUCAUUUCAGAUAAACAUGAGUAACUUCCAGACACCUAUGUAGAGCACUAAAAAUGUAUUUGGUAUUUAAGUAAUCUGAACCAGUUCUACCAAGUGACUGUGUUUUGUAUUACUGUGAAGAUAUGAAAAUGUAGUCAAUUACAAUUUAGAGUGUUCCACAUAACUUCUUAAUUUCUACAUUCCGUCCCUGACUCUUGUUUGGGGAUCUCCUUUCAGAAAGCAGCUUUUGAUGCUCUUACUGCAUAUUCCUUUUUAGUAGGAAUCCAGAAGUAUUAGGUUGAAUGGGAAAGCACUUAAUGUAGCUGGGCUUGGGGUCACAAAUCCAAAUGCCUCCUCUCCUAUGUCACAUAUUUUGGAGGUCAUGUUUGUCUGUGACAACAGGAAGUUCCCUUAUCCAUUCUUCAUUUGCUGCUGUUUGAGUUGACAACUUCCCUUCCCAGUAAAAAUUCUCUCCCACCUCCUCCGCCUUUGCACUUCUGGCCUUCCCUUCACCACGUAACAGCAGCAGCAUGGUGCUGCCAGAGGGCGAGCGUGGCUUUCGGCAAAGUACAGUGCACAUCAUUUCUCAAGACACGAGAAAGGGGAGGAAAGUCCGCAAGUCCGUGUAAAACGUAGUACUUUUCCACGCAGAUUUGUGCACAUGUGCAAGGGUGUCCACUUUGUGUAGUGACUGUUCUUUAGAGAGCUGGACCACGAUAUGUGUUCUGAUCAUUGACUGUAGUCCCAAAAAAGCCCUGUGAAAAUGUUCUGCCCAGUGUAACAGCAGAGUAACAUAAAUAAAAGUACAUUUUAUAAAACCA